AUGUCUGACGACCAGCAAAAGAACGAAUCGCCUGAGUACACCUCGGGCGGCAAGCGACCAUUUGUCUCGACAUACGAAAAUGCACCAAGCCUUAAAGUAGGGGAUAGUGUCUAUCUGCUGAACACGGAUGGGUCCCGAGAGGGCCCGUAUCUUGUUGCGACAGCCCCAGUUUCCGGACAAUGCACGCUUUGUCAUACCGAUGGGAACCCAUUCAGAAACAAUGCGGACAUUGAUGUGGAUGAGCUGGAGGCCUGUUGA